CAUACUGCAGUCAGCAGCAGCGUACUGCAGUCAGCAAUAUCAGCUGACUCGUUCUAUUUUUGCUGGUUCUUAUGCUCUCUAAUUCAGUUUAAGUGCUUUCCUUUGAACAACUAACAUGACAAAGUUUCAUUUAUAGGAGAAUGUCGAAGUUUUGAAGCUAGAUCACAUUGGGGACGCAACUACAAAACAAGAUAUUUGUAUUAUUCCCGAGGGUUUAACUCCUUGCAAAUUAGCAUUGUCCAAUCCUCGGUAUCGAGUGGUUGCUACGGGGAAUGUUCACAACUUCAAAACUGGCACAGUGAUGCAUCUACUACCAAUACCAUCAGGAUAUGCACGAGUUGGUAUCAGCUAUUCUACGGAGAUGGACACUCCUUUGCCCGUGCCGCUUGAAGGAGAAGCUGUAACCAUCGGAGAAGCUAUAGGGACCCUUGUUUUCUGGCCUAUAGAACUUAUUGUUCUAGAUACGGCGGCGGAAAUUUCUUCAAAAGAUAAUGACAAACAAGUAGAAUCCAUCAAAACUCCAACAUCGUCAACAGGAGAAUCUCACAAGGUAGACGACGGUUGUGAGGAAAAUGUAGAUGUGGCUACCCUUCCAGAAUGCCUUUUUAUGUUCCAUAUCUGUGUUUCGAAGAUGGAACGUAACGAACAAAUUAAAAUGCCAAUUCACAUUGGAGUAACAACACAAAGCAAGAACAUCUUUCUUGGUAGGAAAGAAAUCUUCCGUCUCCUUGCACAGAAAGAACUUGAACUGCCCCAUAUGUUGACAUAUAUGUCGAAGUUAUAUGAUCGAUGUUGUUUGACUGGAUGCUCUGCUUUGUUUGGGUUUUUAUGCCCAUCGGGGAUAUCCCUCUUUACCGAAUUUAAAAAAGGGGAGUCGAAGAAGGUAAAAGAGUGCAAAAGAAGUCGGACGCAAUAUAUUGUAGACACACUAAAAAAAAUGGCGGCUAAAGGAAAAAUCUUCAUUGCUCCAUAUAAUGCUCAGUUUCAUUGGGUUUUGUGCGUUAUUGAUCCUUACAAUAACACAGUAUAUUACUUGGAUUCUUUACGUACUCUUGAAUUCAUAGGAAACGAAAACGGCAUCAUUGGGGAUUUACUUGAAAUCGUUAACACAGCACUUCUCCAAUUUCGAAGUGACAGGGAGCUUGCCACAAAGUUAAAGAUGAACACAAAAUGGAUAAAAAUACAAUGUCCUUGCCAAGAAGAUUACAUAGAUUGUGGAUAUUAUGUGAUGAGAUUCAUGAAGGAGAUAAUCUCACACAAGCGACUUCAAAUUCCUGAAGAAUACUUUUCAGAUUGUCAGUUUCCAAGUUAUGACACGGAGCAGAUUGACGAAGUAAGAGUUGAGUGGGUGCGCCAUGUUGUUCAACAAAUGUAUAAUGGCUAGGUUACGUUGAAUGAACCAACAAACAUACAACUUUAUU